CAAAUUUCUGAAGUUCGAAGACGAGAAAGUAAAGUUAGUAACAUUGUGAUUGAUCUCUGAAGUUCAAUUUUAAAUCAAUGCAGAGAGAGCAAAAACCUGAUCAGGAGAACAGAUGGCUGCCAAGUUUGAAGCUUGUGUAGAAUGUACCCAGAAAUGCUUACUGUUUCAUGAGAAGAAGAAAAACUCAUCAUCUAUCAUUACCUCCUUUUUCAAAGUGAUAAUUGCCAGUCAAUGUCUCAGUUAUUUGUACUUGCCUCCUAAGUUUGCUGCUACAGUAUCAGAAUUGAUUGAUCAAGAAACAAUUCUUGAGGAUUCAAACGGAUUGGACCAUGGGCUAAAAGUUGGAGACUUUUUGGUCUUCCAUUACAUUAAGAGAUCACACUUUCUUGUUAAGAUCUAUGAUAAAACUGGUUGUGAAAAAUUGGAUUUUCCAUAUAGAAGAAAUCAACUUAAACGAGCUCGGGUUGAUGGACAUUAUAACACUAAAGUUGGUCCUUGCAAUUCCAUUGGAAAAGGUUUGGUGAAAAAUUACAGUUUGAUUGUUCCUGAAUCAGAUGUAGGUUUAAAUUGGGGCCAGUUAGAGAUGAAUGAUAUGCAGAAGGUACACAUGGUAAGAGAAUGUGUGUCAAAUGUUGGUAUUGGCAAUGAAGAACCUGUUCCUGCUUUUGGAGAAAAAUUUGCUGAAGAGCCAUUGUGUUUGACUAACAGAGUCUUGGGAGCAACAAAUGGAGAAGACAGAAGAAGUAUACUUGACUUGGCUAGCUUUGAAAAGCCUAAGAUUGACAACAGUUUUGAUAGGAGCAAUAAAGUCAUCAUGGGAGACAGAUGUCAUGAUGAUGCUGAUGUAUAUCUGAGAUGUGGAUCUAAAUCUUUCCUAGUUGGUUGUGAUCUACUUGCCAAAGAAACAGUGAGCAGAAUUUUACCCUCAGAUGCUUCUAUCUUUGAAGAUAUGGAGCAGAUUAAUGAUCCUGGACUGAUGCACAAAAUAGAAACUAUUUUUGAUAAAGGGUCUUGCAAUAAUAAGAUAUCAAGGCAACUUUUAAUUGAAUCUGUAGAGAAACCUGACAAUGGAGGUUACAUGUCUGAUAUGUCAACUGCACUAAUGAGGGGAUGCUGGGAUGCUGAGAAAAGGGAGCAAGCACAAUCAGGUUUCGAGGCAGAUAUCAUUAAAGGGGAGUCUGUUAAAAAUAACCCUGUGGAAGUCUUAAAGCAGAUGCAUACUUCUCUUGUUGACGAUUGUCGGGUUGCCCAACUGAAGUUUGCUGGAACUUCAGAAACUUCGGCACUUCCUAUCACUAGUGGCAUCCAACAAUGGCAGAAGCAGGUGUUCCGUGAGGAGAACUCUUAUCCCAAUAUCAUUGUGAGCGACAAUAACCAAGUUGGUGGGAUUUUAACAGUUGAACAAACAAUGAACGGGAUGUUACCCUCAGAUGCAUCUGACUUUGUAAAGAUGAAGCAGAUAAAUGAUGCUAAACUGAUGCGCAAAACUGAAAUUGUUUCUGAUAAAGGGUCUUCCAAUAGUUCAAUAUCAGGCCGACCUUUGAAUGAGUCUGCAGAGAAACCUGACAAAGGUUCUCAUAUGUCAAUUGGGCUAAGUGAAGGCUGCUGGAAUGUUGAGAAAACAGACAAAGUAAAAUCAGGAGAUUUCAGUUUCUUGAAAGAGAGAGUGGGAAAUACUGGUAAAGGAGAGGCUAUUGAAAAUGAUCCUGUGGCAAUGUUGCAGCAGAAGCAUAUUUCUCUUAUUGAUGAUUGUCAGAUUCCCCAGGUGAAGUUUGAUGGGAUAGGGACAGUUGAAGCUGUUCAUUCAAUUUCUACAACACCAAUUGCAGCAAAUAUUUCUUGCUUGAUGGGAGGGGACAGUCAGUCUUUUCUUGAGCUGCCAACAUACUUGCCAAUAUGUUUGCCACCAUCACCUUCCAAGAGAACAAGAAUCAUAAGGAAGGUAGUUUUGCUUCGUGAUCCAGAUAUGAGACCAUGGCCAGUUCUCUACCAUGAGAGAUCCAGAUUCGGAAUAUUGUGCAGUGGAUGGGAAGCUUUUUGCAAGGCAAAUGGCAUUCAAGUGGGAGAUGAAUGUGUGUUCUGUGCUGAGCGUGAAUCUGAGGGAAUUUAUCGAGUCUAUAUCAUCCGAAACCAGAUGAAGACCCACGUUUUGCCAAGUUUGAUCCUGUAAGGUUCCCUUGUAUAAAACAUGCUAGAUUUGUAAGACUAGAAGCUAGACGCAGUGCAUAUUGUUUGUAUAAUAUUUGGCCUACUUCAGUUUCUCUCUUACAUAGGAUUAGCUUAGAUCUCUUCAAAUUUCAUGAAAACUUUUGACAAAAAUGGGAUGAUCAGUGGUCAUAUAUUUUGUAUGGGGUAAUAGGAAAACGGGAGUUUGAGGGGAGUUUACAUUUUGCCAGAACUGCUGUUGUAUUGAAGGUAGAAAGUUUCUCCUUAAUUAAUGCUCUAUCUCCCAAGUUAAUGAAGAAUUCCCAGAUUG